AGGGCGGCCGUGCGGGUGGCACCGAGGCGGACGCGGGCGCGUGCUGUGGGCUCACCCCGAGGGGACAGCCGCGAGGCGCUCGGAGCCGGGGCCGCGCCAUGCGGGCUGGGCGGCUGCUGGCGCGGGCAGGCAGUCUGGCUGUGGCCCCGCGGGAGGGGAGCAGAACACAUGUGUGGAGUUUUGUUCGUAGUCUCCAUGGCAAGAGUGGCACGUGGUGGGACGAACAUCUUUCAGAAGAAAACGUCCCAUUCGUUAAGCAGUUCGUGUCUGAUGAAGAUAAAGCCCAGCUGGCCAGUAAACUGUGUCCCCUCAAAGACGAGCCCUGGCCUCUGCAUCCUUGGGAACCAGGUUCUUCCAGGGUCGGCCUGAUCGCGCUGAAGCUGGGCAUGAUGCCCUUAUGGACCAAGGAUGGUCGCAGGCAUGUGGCGACGCUUCUCCAGGUACAGGACUGUCAUGUCCUAAAAUACACUUCAAAGGAAAACCAUAAUGGAAGAAUGGCAGCCCUGACUGUAGGAGGAAAAACUGUGUCUCGCUUCCGGAAACCUGCCUCAAUAUUGGAGUUUUACCGAGAACUUGGCUUGCCACCAAAGCAGAAAGUCAAAAUCUUCCAUGUCACAGAUAAUGCUGUAAUCAAGCCAGGCACGCCCCUGUAUGCUGCUCACUUCCGCCCAGGACAGUACGUGGACGUCACAGCCAAAACGAUUGGUAAAGGUUUCCAAGGCGUCAUGAAAAGAUGGGGCUUCAAAGGACAGCCUGCUACUCACGGCCAAACCAAAACCCACAGGAGACCCGGCGCAAUCUCAACUGGUGAUGUUGCCAGAGUCUGGCCUGGAACAAAGAUGCCUGGACAGAUGGGGAACGUGGACAGGACAGCGUACGGACUGAAGGUGUGGAGAAUAAACACCAAGCACAAUAUAAUCUACGUGAAUGGCUCUGUGCCCGGACAUAAAAACAGCUUGGUAAAGGUCAGAGAUUCGAAUCUGCCUGCGUAUAAGGAUUUCUGCAAAAACCUGCCGUUCCCUACGUACUUCCCUGAUGGAGAUGGAGAGGAACUGCCUGAAGAUUUAUACGACGAGGACGUGUGCCAGCCCGGUGCUCCUUCUAUAACGUUUGCCUGAUGCCAGUGGGCGUGGCCGAACUGGUACAGACAGGGAGCCUUGAAGAGCCAGGGAAGUAACUACAUCCCCCUUUCUCGGCCACGGCAAGUGCCAGCUUGUCAUCUUUGUCAGGGGCCUCAGUCACUCACCCACAGUUACAUCUGAUCGUAAAAAUUACCGCGUUGAAGCAACAAAGUAGAAUGGAUUUGGAAGAACCGGUAGCUUGUGGACGCUUCAUGCGUUGUUACGGCCCGUUUCCCAUGUUGUCUCAAGAGGCUUAUUAUGCAUUUAACUUUGAAGAGUUGUCUUUGAGAAGGGCUGGCUGUGGAACAGCAGUAGUGAACCCCGUAGCGACUAGGGCACAGCCUGUCUGGGUUAGGGAACGUUUUCUCUUAAAGGGACCUGAACAUUUUAUUAAUUUCAGACACAUUCAUGCAGUGGUGACAUAUCAGGGCUUCUGACGGAGUGCACAGUCCCAGCGCUCGCCUCUCUGCAGCCAGAUGCCAGUGGCCCCUGCUGCUGCGUGGUGGUCCAUCAGACAGCUGUGGAGGCCACUCACUUCCCAGCUGUGAGAUCCUGAUCUGUGCUGAACCGGACUCACUGUUUUAGACUUUGUCUUGAUGUAGGGAGCCUUGCUAUAAGUCAGCGCCAUUCAAAUAAAGCAUUUUCUUACUGAAUGCUUGGCAGUGGUUACCAGUGACAAACUGCAAGCCCUGUGUAAGAAAAUGCGCCUCCCCUGUUUUCAGCAGACCUUGACAGCUGUCCUCGGCCAGCGCACAGAGACACUGUCUGCUCUGCAUCUUUCACCUGGACUUCUGGACUCGGUCUGCUCUCCUGUGAAAACUGCAGGCCUCUGUCCCUGUUGGUCAGCGCAGACACUCUGGGCUGACUACCAGGGCACUGAGCCUGGCAGAAUUGUCUCCCAGCUGGCAGUGUGCUGUCGUGCCAGCUACAUCGUGUGCCUUCCCGUGGCUGAUGUCUCUCACGUGGUAGAAUUUGCAUUACUCUGAAUGACCGUUACUGCCUGUGAUGCCUGAAUUUCUUGCUCCUUCUGCAGGGAAUAUAGCAGGGGGGAUGGA